AUGGGCGACAACCAGAAGAAUGCUUCGGCUAACACGCCGAAUGAGGAGCGACAGGAACACAUCAGUAUCAUCCCUGUAAGUCAAGAAGUGGUCAUUGAUAAGUGUGUAGCUGACAAUUGCUGUGAUGGCAAAGUUCAUUGCCCUUUCUGUGAUACUGACCACUUUAAGCCGACUAAGCCUACAAGAGUUAGAGAUCACCUGGAAUUAUUACACAUGUCUUAUGCUGUUCAGGCAGAGGAUUUGAUUAUAGUAAAAUGUUUUUGGAACUGUGGCCAAACAGCUGGCCAUUAUCAUUGCCCCUAUUGUCCAUCUAAGCUGCUUAAAAGAUAUGCCUUCACCUUGCAUCUAUACACUCACAUGCACAAGCUGGGGAAAGAUAAAAGCUGCAUUGUCGUUCCUGAUCCAAAAAAUCCAACCACAAUCAAAGGACUUGGCCCAGAGAUUCAUCUGUGUAAAAAAGAGGAAUGUUACAAGGAGGUAAAUUCUAAUAAUGGAAAUACUGUUGAAGCAAAUGGCAAUAGUGGUAAAACCACUGAAGUUGAUCCUAACCAGACCCUCUCUCCAUCCACACUCAAUCCUGAAGAUUUAGCUUCUUCCUCUACCACCACCUCCACCACCACCACCACCACCACAAAUGAGAAUAACACAAUCACUGACACUGGUCCUCAUUACCACUGCCCACUUUGUAACUUAAUUUGCAAACGAAGAAGUCCUCUCAUCAACCAUUUAUGGAGGUGUAUGGAGCGGCCACGUACUUCUCAAUCAGCAGUUGAUGAAAAUUGGAAAAAAGCAAUUAACCCAGAUUUGAAUGAAGCUACCAAAGUUCCACAUCCUCGUGAUGUCAAAGAAAUAAAGUAUCACAUCUCAAUUGUACGCACAUUGAAUGAUCUUCCAAUGACCAAAUGCUACUCACCUGACUGUGAUUGUGGACACAAAUAUCAUUGCCCUCUUUGUGUAGAAGACAGAUUCAAACCCAAUUAUUUGUGCCAUCUCCAGCUUCAUUAUUAUGCACAUUGGAAACGAAGAGUUACAUACAAAGAUUAUUCUGUAUUACUGUGUAAUAAUUGGUGUGAAUUGAAGGCCGGGUGCCACAAGGUCCGCUAUCACUUUCACUGUCCGAUAUGUGGGGCCACACGUCGACGGCAAGAAGUGGAUGAAAUUAUUGAAUUACCAUCUCAACCUCAAACUGAAAUGCCUCAGUUCACUAAAGAAGAAUUGUAUGAUCAAGUGAGUGCCAGACUGUCAUUCAAGUGUGUUGAUGCCUUCCGAGAGAAAGGCAAUGUGGAUGAGAUAUUUUCUAGCAUUGCAUUGCGUACUGGUGCUGAGUGGAGUUGUGCCCCUGCUACUAUUGACAGCAUGUCAGUCCAUGAGUUUGUGGGAGAUUUGCAAGUGUUGGCCUCAACCAGAGAUUUACUCUUCAAGACUCUGGUUGGAGAAGUGCCCGAUGAUCAAGUCCAAAGUGAAUUGGCAGAAAAACAAGCAAAUCCACGAUUAAUAGAGUCAUCUAAGAAUCUGAAGACUCAAGUCAUGGAUGCUAGUGUCCAGGUAGAAGAUAGUAGUUUCCCUACUUUGGUUUUACAACCAUCAGUAAGGAAUACAAAUGCACAACUCAAAUCAGCUGCUUUAAAUGGAAAAUCUGGAAAACUACCAUUUUCUGUUGCUGGUAUGAAUCCAGCAUUGGUAACUCCAGUGCCAAGGAAGCGAGGUCGGCCAAGGAAAAUACCUCUGCCUUUAGAAGUUGUUAAUAGUGCUAAUUCAGUGAAUGGUGCCAAAGAACAAAAUGUGAUAAAUGCUGAGGAGUCACCAUCUAAAUUCUCUGAUUUUCCCUCCACAAUGAAUCUUGGAGCCAACUCAGAAAUUAUCCACACUCCCAGGAAACGAGGGAGACCCAGAAAGAUAUUUAUAAACAAACCUGUUGUCAAAGAAAUAUUGACUGAUAACUUAACAGUUAAGACUAAUCAAGUAAGGAUUGGAAUUGCAGGUGCAAAUAAGUCAAAGAAGGAACAAAGUUUGGUUCAAAAACCUGAGAAAAGAAAACGUGGAAGGCCACGCAAGGAUAAGAGUCUUCAGGUUCCUCUUCAAAGUGUAGUCAAUCAAGAGGAAAAACAAUGUGUAGAUGUUUCAGCCCUAACUCCUGUCUCUGACCCUAUUUCUCUAGAUGGUUCCUCUACACCCAAACGUUAUUCUACACGAGGCAAGAAGAUUGAUCUUUCUUUCCUCACUGGUAAAAACAAAAAAGACGAGGCUGAUAAGCUUGAAGCUGAAGAUGGAUUAGUUUGUUUGAAGAAGACUAAAAUAGAAUCAUCUCCUCCAGUUCUCUUGCAGAACUCCACAGUCAAUGUAAAGAGAAAUCUGUUUGAGAAAGAUGAUGACUUACAUCAGUCAGAAGCUGAUGAAGAUAAUGAUAUUGUCAUUUCAGGAACUGAUGGAAAUUCUUCAUCAAAAGGCCAGUUGAAAAAGAACAGAUCUCGAGUUUUGCAGCCAUUGGUCAUGUCAGAUGUAGCUUUACUUCCAACAAUUCGUGUAGACAUCAUCCAAAGAAGAGGACAGAAAAAAAUGACAAGCAUUAAAAAUAAAGGAAAUGCGACUGUUGUAAAGAGCACUGCUUCAUCUACUGCUCAGGCACCUGAAAAAGACUUGCUCACGUCUAGUGGAGAAACUAGUUCCUCCUUGAAUGAGGGUACUGCAACAAAAGAAGGAAGUGAUUUGAAAUUGUUAUCUGCAGUAGAAGCAGAAGGACUCCGCUGCCACCUUUGUAAAAUCAAAGGUGAAAAGUUUGAUGAAAUCACAGACCACCUUAAAGUAGUGCAUGGAAUUGAGAAACCUCUGAGAUGUGAUGUUUGUGAACGGACAUUUGAAAAGCUCUUUGACUUGCGCAGUCAUGUAAAUCGCAAGCAUGGACCUUUCCCCCAAAUGGACACUGUAACCUGUUUCAAAUGUGCCACACUGAAACACCACCAGCCUCGUUGUCGUGGUAACACCAGCUGGCAGCAGAACAAAACCUUAGCCAAUGAAGGCCUAACCCUGAUGGUUGAUGAACUUGCUCUUGAGCAGCAGCCACAGCAACAGCAGCAAGAACAACAAGAGACACCAGAUACAGUAGAGAUUCCUGUGGAAGAUCAAAGUGAUAUUGUAAUUGAUAUGUCUGGCUUAUCUGGUAUGCCUGAAGGCAGCAUCCUACAGGCUGCAGCACAAGCUGCACAAUUAAUGGAAAUUCCUGAGGUGUUCAUGUGCAGUGAGUGCAAUGCUGUAUUCAGUUCACUGGCAAAUGCAGAAGAACAUGUCACCUCAUUUCAUACAGAUGUUGUUGCUGUUGCAUCAACUGGAGUGGUAGAUGGAGCUUCAACUGAAGUUAAAGUGAUGGAAGAACCUGCAAGUUCAGAUUACAUUGAUGCAGCUAUGACAGCUGAAAGUGGAUCUACUUGA